ACGUUUUUAUUUGGCUCGAACAUUCUUUUGCCCCGUCACCCAACUUGCACCGCUAUAAAUACCAAUUUCGAUUUGAUAAAACGACAUUGAAAGACUUCAGAAGAAUUUUUAAGAAAGCAGAGCUCAAAUAAUAUUGAAAUAUGGCUGAUUUAUAUGUUAAAACUAAGAAGCAGUUUGAUGACGUGGUGAAGGACAACGUAUUGGUUGCUGUCGAUUUUACAGCAUCUUGGUGUCCCCCAUGCAGAAUGAUAGGUCCAAAAUUUGAGGCAAUGCAAGCUGACUUCCCUUCUAUCAAGUUUAUUAAAAUUGAUGUGGAUGAUAAUAGCGAAACUGCUGAAGCCUUCAAAAUAAGUGCAAUGCCAACAUUUAAAUUUAUCAAGAAUGGAAAAGAAGUUGAUGAGUUGGUUGGUGCCAGUGAAGAAAAAUUAAAACAAAAGCUUCAAGCCCUUGCUGCAUAGUGAUAUAACAAAAAAAAAUAUUUAUUAAUUUUUAUCUUCUUUUUCUUCUUUAUUUAAUAUAAUUAAACACUUUUUGUUUGUUACCUUUUGUGAGAUUUUUAUGAUGUUUCUAUGUAUACCUUUCAGUUUGUUUCAGUUAUGUGUCAAUAAGAACAUAUACAUUGUCAAGUGUA